AUGUUUUCAACACGGUCGUAUGCGACUUUACUGCUCGUAUCCCUCUCCCACCUCGCGAUAGCAUCCCAACAACCGCAAGACCUGGAACUGAGAGGCGAAGGCGGUGGCUGGACAAAUGCUUAUUGCAUUUCUUCAAAUCAAGACCUCACUGCUGCGACAAGCGCGCAAUGUCCUUCUUGGGCGCUUAUUAACUGCAACGCCAUCCAAGAACCAAACUAUUGCUGUACACCGAGCACCUACUGCGCCCGCGCCUUCGACAACACAAUCGGCUGCUGUCCCUGGGGCCAAACCUGCAACCCCGUCGUCGCCGGAACCUGGCAACCACAACCCACCAGCACAAUAUGGCAGCAACCACAACCCUCCACCGUCUAUGUUACAGAAGUCCAUCCUACAACCACUUUAGUAUAUGCAGCAGGUCAAAAUACGCAACAGGUUACCACUGUGUAUAACGGUGUUGGAGAAGGGCAGGGGCAAGGUCAAUAUUGCUCGACGUUGUAUGCGCACGGAGGGAAUUUGCCUACAACUGAGGCAGGCACCUGUGGUACGAUAUUGAUUGCUAAUGCUGCGGUGAAGGGAGUGACGAUAUCGAUGACCACGGUUAUAUGUGUGUUACUUGCUCUUGGUGGAGUUGUGUUACGGAUCAGGCUAUGA